AUGACAUCAUCCGUUGAAGUUAUCCAAUAUCAAGAAGCCACCACCACCAAAUUUCUCAAAGAUGGUCUUUAUCCUCAUGCUGAAGAAAUUGACAAUGAAAACCAAUCGGUUUCAUCAGGUUCUUCGGAGCACCUACAAAAUAAUAACUACACCUUAUCAUCUAUUGAUGAAAAAAAGAAUGGCGCUGUAACAUUUUCUGACGAACGUCAAUUAACCGAAGAAAAAGAAAAGUCUCACCAGGAACCUAAAAAAACUAAUAGUCUCCUUCGCAGAUUGAAAAAGGAUGGAAAGCAUACAGAACCUGAAAAGACUGCUCAAGAAGAGAAAAAAUCUGAAGGCCUUGUUCGUACAAUAUCGGGAAUGUUUACUCACAAGUCAAAAUCCGAAAAAGAGAAACGCAAGGAUGAUGCGGAUAAUCAUAAAACUCGUCCUUCUCUUAAAACUUCCAAUGAUAAUGGUGAAACAAAGUCUAGAAAUAGACGUAGUUUCAUUUUUUUCUCGGAUAACGAAGAUGAAGUCAUGGAACAACAAGUUAGAAAAAACAAAAAAGCAAAUAGUAGUGAUAUUUCGAAUUCAGACAAUGAAGACGGAAAAUCAAAAAAUAUUAAACAUAAACACAGGCUUAGUUUAAAUCUUGAUAGAUUCUUAAGACAUGAUGAUAAUAAGCAUAAAAACUUCAACAAUAAUGAUAUAACUGAUAUGUUCCUUCCGGAAACCAAUGAUUCAACAAUUAGAACUUACAAAGGACGUCUUGAUUCCUCCGGUUCAAAUCGAACACCGACUGCAACAGUAUUAGAUUCUUCUCAUCAAACUGAAUCACCAAUCUUGCACACGGUACCAAGUACUCCUAAUGGUGUUGUUAAUUCCACCGGUAUGAUUAAUGAAUCAGUUCGUGAAGAUUUCCCAGAAGUUAAAGUUGGAUCUAUUGAAGAGCGAUCAGACGAGUUUAAGGAUGAAAUUGGUUACUCGUCCGCUAAUUCAGUUAAUGAAGUUCGAUCUAUCAACGAGCAACAACAAAAGUCGAGACCAAUUUCACAAGUCUCGUCUAGCAGUCUCAAUUCAGAAAAAAAUGAAGAUCAUUAUAAUAAUCAAGCUGAAGCCGAAGUUAAUGAUGAUUCUAAAUCUGACAGAAAUGUUAAUGAUGAGAUUACCGAUGACAUAAAAUCUCCAAUUAAUAUUAAUGUAACUACUAUUUUUUCACACCACCAAGAAGAACCGUCUACGGUGACUACCGCACCACAAACUCCACCAAAAUUCCCAGCGACACCUGGAUUCGUUGGGGAAGAAAUUAAACAUGUUUAUGUAAGCCAUAAUAUUGAACAAGAUCGUGAAUUUGAAAAUAACGUAGUCCACGUUGAAGAAACUUCUCAGAUUUUGCCACCAAUUUCACAAGUUAAUGAGAAACAAAUUGAUAUCACUCGAGAAACCCCUCAAAUUCAAUUCCAAACCACAAAUGAGUCUUUAAUCAACGUCAGAAAACAGUUAGAAUCAUUCAAAGCUACAAACGAAUCUUUGAACAAUAUUAAAAAUCAAUUAGAAUCCAAAAUUGAUGAACAAUCACAACAGAAUUCUAAAUUAUCUUCGUUGGAGUCAAUAAUGACUCGUCAACUAGAGAUGUCCCAAAGAAUGGAAGAAACCAUGAGAAGAUUGGAAACUAAAGUUAGUCAACAAAAAGAAGAAUUAGAUGGUUUAUUGGCUGGUCGUAUGGAAGAUACUGUUCGAAGAUUAGAAUAUAAACUUGACGAACAAAACAAAGAGUUGGAAGGAUUGAAACAGGUCUUAGGACAAUU